CAUAAAAAUGCUCCAGCCCCCAAAACCACCGCCUCUCCCUGACGUCACAUCAAUGGCUAUUUGCAUGAACUGUUUUCUGCAGCCCCUAAUCGAGUGCAAAGAAAACCGUAUCGCAUAGCUGCCAACGAAUUCCGAGUGAGAGGGAAAGAGAGGGAAGAUCGGAUUGGAGGGAACUCUCCGGUAUCUUUGAACGACGGAAAAAUAGCACAAAAGCGGGCAGGGAGACAUUUUCUAUAGGCAUUGGAAGAGAAACCUUGCAUCGAAAAUGGAGCUACCCGCCGCGGGAGAGCACGUCUUUGCUGUGGAGAGCAUCGAGAAGAAGCGGAAUAGAAAGGGAAGGAUAGAAUACCUGGUGAAGUGGCGUGGAUGGUCCCCAAAAUAUAACACGUGGGAACCUGAAGAAAACAUUCUCGACCCGCGACUGCUUGACGCCUUCCAAAACAGGGAGAGAUAUGAGCAGCUAAUGGGUUAUCGCAAAAGAGGGCCGAAGCCAAAGCACCUAAUGGGACAGGUGCCGUCUUUUGCCCGGAGAUCCAGCAUCCUCUUAGGCCUUCAGGAAACCAGCCUGGACGAGGAUAAUCGUCAGAAAAUGGACCCCAUUCAGACGCUGCGCUCGCAGACUCAGCAAUACCAGCUGAACAGCAAGAAGCACCACCAGUACCAGCCCCUGUUGGCCAAGGAAAGGGAGGCUGAGCAGCAGGCCAUCGGCAAGAAGAAGUUCUACUACCAACUUAACAGCAAGAAGCACCAUCACUACCAGCCCGACCCGAAGAUGUAUGACAACACCCAGUGCCUAAAGCCCAGGGAGGUCACCAAAGCUCCGGAACUGCCAAUAAACCGAGACUGGAACCUGCCUCCUGCACUGCAGCAGAAAUGGGUCCGGGACAAGGAGUCUGGCUGCCUGAGCAAAGUUAAGGACAUUACCAUGGAGCUAAAGAAGCUCCCGGCCCACCUCAACGGCCACAGCGUGUCCGAGCUGAUCGAAGACCCGACUAAGGAAGACGCAGCGCCGGUGAAGGCAAACGGUGACAGCAAGCUGAAGAUCGUCAAGAACAAAAACAACAACGGACGCAUUGUAAUCGUCAUGAGCAAGUACAUGGAGAACGGCACCCAGGCGGCAAGGAUUAAAAAUGGAGAUCUGGAAGAACUUGACCAACUGCAGCCAGACAAAUGCGAGGAUGCAGCAGAAAAGCACCUUGAAAAAAUGAGGCUCAUCCAAAAACUGGGUCUCACCAACGGAUUUGCAAAAGUCCACAAAGAUGUUUCAAAGACACACGUUCCUCAUUGUAACAGGUCUGUUGGAUUUAAGUGUCCUGAUGAGAAGGUUGACUCGCCUGAGACGGAGAUUAGUGUGACAAAGCAGGAAAAACACCUCGAUGUCAGGGGUCUAAAGCAGGCUACAAAAGAUGAGCCCCUGCAGCUGACCACCAAACCUAAUCUAAGUCCUUGGCCCUUUGAGGAGGCCCGAAAGAGGACUCGGCCUGAAACCGCCUAUCCUCCAGCCCUCAAACGUCACCUCUCUGAGGUGGUUGAGGACCGGGGCUGCUACAAAAGAUUUCUGAGUUCCAGGAGUAUCAGUGCUCCCUCCACUGUGUCCUCACCCCCUCAGAGUAACUCCACAGACCAAAAUGGCCACGAGAGCCACAAUGACUUCCUGGAGUCGAACCAAGAUGAGCCUAUGGACCUCAGCUGUGUGAGGUCUCGAGUAGAGGCUCUGGUUCCCAUAGACACACAGGUGACUCCUAUUGCUGAGAAGAAGGCAGCGGAGCAGAUAGAGCAGCCACAGGCUAUCGCCACAGAACAGGCAGCCGAGGAGAUAGAGCAGCCACUGGCUAUCGCUACAGAACAGGCAGUGGAGUCCCAGGUUUUUCCUUCAUUCAAGCCAUUCCUCGGGAAUAUAGUUAUCACGGAUAUUACCACAAACUGUCUCACUGUGACAUUUAAGGAAUAUGUAACAGUGUAACAAAGUUGAAGAGAGAGACUACCAGCAACUAUGUGUAAAUGUACAAAUGAAACAUAUUGGUAUUUUCAGAUGUUUGAUUGUAAAUAAGACCCCUUGUUGUUUUCAUUUAGUGGGGUUGAGAUUCGUGUUGUUUCAUAUUCCCUACCUUGCUGUUAUUGGUAUGGAGAGACCCAGAGUUUUGUCAUAUCUGGCAAUUUCUAUUGAGUUUCAAGCUUUUUUAGUAGAUGCUAUUUCAACAAAUGGCAUCAGGGCUUAUUGAAAAAGCACUUACUGUUUUUCUGCUUUUGUCUGUUUCUACAAUCUCUUCAAAAGUAUGUAUAUUGAUGACUUUGUAAAAGAAAAAAGAAAAGUAUAUAUAUUGACUAUUGGUAAAUGACACCUUUCAGUUUAUUUGCCUGAGUGAGGCGUGUGUACAUGAGUGAGUGUGUGUUAGAUGUGCAGCGAUAUUGCGAAAUGAUGAACCUCGCAAGUGCACAGUGUGUGUGUGUGCGCGCAAGAUGAUUGGAUUCCAACCAGGAAGAUAGAAGUGCAUUGCCUGGAAAGAUCAGGCCAUGUGAGACGUCAGGGAGAGUCAAACAAACAUGGCCUCCUAGGUCAAACUGCACAAGUCAAUGAAGGACCUUGGAGAUAAUGUGUACUUUGCACUGCUGUAGGCUGGCUGAGGGUAAUGAAUGGCUGCUGUGAAGAGGAUGGCCUUAGCCUCUUAUCCAAGGGUAAUGUUUACGAAGAUAAAUGUCAUUGAUUUCAAUGACAGGGCUACAGAUAUAGUUUUCUGUAGCCCUGUAACAAUGUGGUAUAUAAGCUCUAAAUUCAAGUCCCAUUGGCCAUGAUUUUUCUUCAAGACCCAUAACAAGGAUAUUAUUAAUUUGAUGACAGUGCUACCUUAAAAUGUUCCCUAUUUAUUGUAUACAUUUUUUUUCUCAUUCUAUUAUUAUGUGAAACAUUGAAGGGAUGUGUGGAAAAUGUGUGUAUGUUUAACUUUAGAAGGUCUUGCCGGCCUACUUAUAUUCACAUUCAUCCCAGAAGUUGUUUUGAAGUAAUGAUGAAUUCACUUUUAUGUAUUCAGAAUGUAAAAAAAAGGAUGAUUUAACACCAAACACAAGUAGGCAUAGUCCUCAAGUUCAAGGCAUUUUAGGCAAUGUUAAUCUUUUAUUCACACUGUUUCCAAUCUAAUCCGUUAUGACUAGAAGUAGAAAUGCUGGCUUAAUGAAUUAAAAACCAUGUUUCAUAGCCUUAUGUUGGCUUAGAACACUUAACAUCUGCCUAUACCAAUGUUAUUACAUCGUGUUAAUUAAGCCUUAGUUUCCAAGAAAACUUUCCCAGAGAGUUAAUGGUUAAAUAUCAUUAAGUGUUUUCGUUGCAAGGGCAUUUUAUGAUGUGUCCUGGCCUGUUUUGCUGGUAUCAGUAAAAACUGGACGUUCUCAAUGUUCCGUUUAAAACCCCUUUCAGUGCAUGGCUCUUCAAAGAUGCAUUGUACUGAAGGAGGAAGCACUUUGCUGUUUAUGUGAAACUGAAAAUACUUCCUUUGAUAUGUUUUGCAAUAAAAAAAAUAUAUAAAGUUA